AUGGAGGGCGUGCCCUUCAGCCAAAUCCCUCCGGCGCCUACAGAGGGCGUCUUCCGCUCUGCUGGAACUCAGUUGUCGGAGUCGACUGGAGCAUCAUUGUUCCGAGCCCCUUCUAUAAGCAGUGCAACAGGAGUGUUCUCACUUGGAAGCACUGCUGGGUCCCCCUCCCCGGGUGCCCUCUCAAGCAGAAUCAAUGCACUCCUUGGGUCGGCCUCUGCCGCUUGCGGGGUACCUUCCCCCUUUACGGGACCCGCAGCUGCAGAAUCCGGCCAUCAGGCAGCUAACUCUACUGGCAGCAGCGUCUUCAACGCAAGCAAGCCCGGGAACGGGGGAAAUGGAGGCCCGUUUGGCGAGGCCGGAGGUUUAGGUUCGCAGUGUCUCUUUGCUUCUGGCACCAGCAGCAAGUCAGCUGGGACCCACUCAGAAAGUGCUUCAGCGGGCAUCUCUACCAGAAUAUCUGUGGGGGGUUCUAAGACGGGGGUGGCCACUUCUGGCACGUCAGGUACGAGCAGUCAAGUUUUCGCCACCCCGUCAACUGGUCUUUUUUCGAAUACUGUUUAUGGAAGUAACCAAGACAAUGGGCCUGCUCCAAAUACUGGCGCACCACAAUCAGCAGGGCGCUCAACUGCUUCAGUCGUCAAGGCUACUGCACCUGGACUGGCUCUGCAAAGUGUUGCCUCUGGGGGCAGCUUGUUCGCAAAUAAUACGAAUCAGAGGAGGGAAGGAGAACUCUCUAGAAUUUGCCCGACUCUGUUGGGUGUUAAUUUUACUGCAGAAGGCCCGUCAGGUAGUAAACUAACGAACGGGGAUAUGCUUGGGGGCAUUCCUGCGAAUUCCACACCUGCGAUGUCGACCUUUGCGGACACUUCUGGAGCCCUCAUCCCAGGGGCCUCACUACAGAUGGGGUCAGCAAAGGGAGCUGUUUCUUGUGGAAAAGGUCUGUUUGCCACUGUUCUGGCCAGUGAAUCGUCGGGCGCCGCCCUGGUAAAAGCCCGGAGUUCGGACGAUAAAAGCGGCAGUACCGGUUUGUUUAAAGGUGUUGCUUAUUCUGGGGGAGAGCGGGGCACUUUAUUUGGCGGCAGUGUUUCCGGCCGCAACGGUGCUUCUGAGGGUCUUAUUGAGGCCUCUGCUGGUAGUGGUUUGUCCUCACGCUUACCCGGAGGACUUGAUCAAAAUCGAGCCAGUGGAGGCGUCUUAGCGGGAGCCGCAGGUCAAAAUGUCUUCUUCACAGGAAGCAGGAGCAGUUUGUUUGGGGUUCCCGCCGAGGGCACGUUCACAGCUGCAACUAAUAACAGUGACAGGGACGUUGAGGGCGCCGUUGUUAGUGACAGUAAGGGACCUUCACGACCACAUGAAGGCUCUUUCGGGCCUUUCCGCAGCAGAGGCGCUUCUUUGGGAUUCGAAAGUAGUACUGAAGCAGAAACAAGGCCAGCCGGUGGUAGCACUGGAAGCAGGAGCAACAUAUUCGGCCUUACUGACGGGCAUUCCCGGCUUGCUAACCGUUGCGGAAUUGGGCCCACAGCGUCGAGCGGCUCACAAGAAGGAUCUCAUUUCACUGGGAGCGCUAACUCCUUUUCUAGCAUGGAAGCUUCGCCAGAAGACUCAAGCAGCACUAAGGGCAACACAAACAAGAGUAGUGUAAUUGCUGCGCAUGGGCGAGGCAGGCUUUGUGUGCCCGAAGGCCGUGCGGUGCCGCCUCCCUUGCCAGCUCCUUCGGGUCCCGAAGGGAAUCCUAUGCUUCAAGCUGAUCUUGACGAUGGAGCGUUGAUCCUGCGGGUACAAGUGGUGCAGCAGCUUCAGCAGGUGCUGCAGGAGGGGAUCUCUUCUACGCUGUCUACAGCUGCAGCAGCAGGUAAUGACCCUUCUUUGGGAGGGCCGUUUGUGGGCCAUUUGUGUGGCUGCUGCAGCACAGAAGAAAUGCUUGACAAACAACAGGUUUCCACGGCAUCGGAUUUUGAGCGGCUAGAUGCAACGGUCCCAGGCGAUCCAGAGGCGCGCAUCGUGAACGUACAUCUAGCCUUUUCAUCAUUUCGGCGAAGUGACGCUGGGAAGCCCUUUAAGCAAUCUGACACCCGACCGGCAGUUUGGUGUCGGCGCGCCGUCCAUGCACUGCUUACAUAUUUUGCCGACGCAGACCUGACGAAUGGGCCUCAGCAGCAGCAGCAGCAGCAGCGGCAGGUCCUGCCUCGGAAGGAAUAUCUGUACUGUCGUCCCCGUCCGUACACUUACAUAGAUGUGUACAACUUUCUUCGGGACCGCCUGCGAGCGUGCUGGCAGGAGCUGACAGUGCAGCACGUGUCUCCCCACCGGGCAUCCAUUGAGACUUUGGAGAUAUCUUUUCGCUUCUUGGUUCUGUCUGAAGAGCUCUUGGCUGGAACUCCUGGCUUUGAUGCAGUCUCCAACCACGGUCUCAUGCAAACUUGUCUCGACAAGCUCAUGCAGGGAUACGAGGCAACUCGCGCCUUUCGCAGCAAACGCGACGCAACUGCUGCUGCGGCGGCGGUGGCAGCUGCCACUGCUACUGAAAAUGAAGGAACAGUGGCGAAAGACGUUAAGGCGUUGAUGGAUCUGCUUGUCUACUCCAGUCCGUACGAGGGGGAGUUUUGGGGCUUCAGGCUACUGAUGUUGUUAUCGCAGGAGGCGAGUGAUACGGCUCUGGUGUCUCUGUUGCAGCGACUGCCGCAGCAGCUGCAGCAGGACCCGUCAGUGCGUUUCGCGCUUGAGGCCUACAGGGCAUUUAGGGCCCUGGAUCUUCGCCGCUACGUGAGGCUAAUGCGAGAAGGGCCGUACCUGCUGUGUGUAAUGCUGCAUAAGUUUUUGCCGUAUGCGCGCGCACGGUUUCUUGCUGUCCUCGUUCUCAGUAGAUUGACGGGGGGCUCAAGAAACCCAAUCAGCCCGCAGCGGCUUUCGCUGCUGCUGGGUUUCGAUGGGGAAGAUGGUGAUAUGUUUCCGGCCUUCUUGGCUGCUUACGGAAUCCGUACUGCAGUAUCCCCCCGCGGAAACCGAGUGUGCCUAUUGGAGGAGACGGACAAAAGUCUUCUCCAGGACCUUUCUUCCUACAAGAAAGCUAAAGGCCCAAGGGCUCCCUCUGCAUACCUCAUGAGCCCGGCUUACCUGUCCAGGCAGCAGCUGCUUGACCCAGACUACCCGGCAGCUGCUUUCCCUGGCGGACGACAGCAGCAAGAGCAGCAACAGUUGCAGAGGCUCUCAGCAGCGGAACUGAGUAAGGCAUUCUAUUUCAAGCAGCUUCACACGCCAGUGCAACAGCAAGCACAACGGUAUCAGCAAGAGCAGCAGCAAGGCCAGUUUACGAGGUUUAGGAGACUGCAGCAGCUUAAGCUCAGGCAGCAGGAGCACAACCAAAGGAAGACAACGUCGGAAAAAGAGCGGCAGCCCCUACUGUGGCGGCAGCGGUCUUCGGACGGGAAGCUGCACGCUAAUAGCUCAACAAUUACAGCGACUGGAGUGCUUUCGUUCCAGAUACCAGCCGUGCAAAAGCUACAUGGAUUGUUGAAACCACGUGAACAGUUCCAGCAACAGCUGCCGCAGGUUCCUCAAGGGCAGCAGCCCUCACAAGCGCAGCUACAAGAGCCACCUGAAGCGCACCAGCGGGCUCAGCAGGAGCAACAGGAACAGUCAGUUUCAUCGUCUGCGUGGCCUUCGUGUCAGGCUAGGCAGAGUGCACCGAAUUUUCAAGCGGCUGUAGUGGUUUCUGAGAAAGGGCCCCUGGGUCAUCAUGGGUGUCACGUAGCAACUGCUACACCUAGGGACCAAUUUGCUUCAGCAGGUGUGACUGCAGUCGCAACAGUGCAGCCAGAUGCGCCCACAGGACACGCAACAUCCUCAGAAAACGCAAAGGUGGCAAUUACAGAGCCCUCAGGAAAGCCCAACAUCGUAGGUCUUCCUGAAGCUAGUGAGGCAACGGUGCGGGAGCCCGUCGCGGCGCCAGCGGCUGAUGUUGAAGCUCAACAACUUGUCAUUGCUGCACUGCAACGGUCUAAGGAGAAAAUUGAGCUAGACAGUGGGCAGCAUGAUAGUUGCCCUCCCCACAUCGAAGCAUCACCCGUGUGUAGCCCUAGCGUAGCGGGGCCCCCAGCAGUGAAGUUGGCGACAUCGCCGAAAUGGCCUGCACAGAGCCCUGGGGCAGCGCCAGUUGCGAACAUAGGUACCGCAGCAACAAAGCCUGAAACGGGCCCAGAGGGGAUUGUGGGCUUAAGACGAUGGAGACGCCGGCGCAGAAGCAGUGGCGAGGAUGGCUCGCAGCUUUAUGCAUCAAUCCAACUAACUAGUGUAUCUGCAUUCCAGGGUGCUACUGCAACCAUUGAGAGUGUAGGGAGAAAAAGUUGCGUGUGCCUUGCAGAGGCUGCUGCGGCUGCUCCGGCAGGAGGCUGCAGAGCCGAGGUGCCGUUGCUGCUGGUAGAGAUGCCCAGCAGUAGCGCGCCAUCCGCAUCAGCUGUUCCUGGCGUGCAGCAGAGCACGGCGGUGCAAGAGCAGCAACGACAGCCACAACACCGACGGCAACAGCAGGACGAACAACAACACGAACAACGGCGGCAACUGCAGCAACUGCAGCAGGGGCAGCAAUUGCAGCAGCAGCAACGCGAGAAAGACCACCCGCAGGAACGAGCGGAACAGGAGCUACCUAAAGAUGGCUCCGGCAAAGAUCCAAAGAGCUUUCAGGGUGGCUCAGGCGGUCACAAGCAGGCUCCAGAAGCUAAAACAAGGGCCGCGGGAAUUAAGCAAGCCAGUGCGAUUACGUUGAAGCAAGAUGCAAACGUAAACGAUCGUACUGAAAGAGCUUUGUACACACUGAGAUCUCCAGAAGAAGAACUGCUGCUGCUGUUGCAACAACAGACAGAGUGGCCAGGGCAGCCUUUCGCAGCGAUGCUUGCCACUGCCGUUGGUGCUGCAAUUCAAUCCUUGCCGACGGAUGCUAUACGAGUUCCUGUAUCAGCUAAGCCUGAAAUGCCCCAGCAUCCACAGCAGCAGCAGUUGUGGAAUUUGCAGAGUAUUGUUGUUCCCCGCAUUUUUUUCAAGGCGGUAUUUUUCGGUCUCGGCAGGUAUGCUGUUGAGGCUAUGCUGUUGCGCAUGGUCGUCUCGGCUGCCGAGGGCCAAGAUUGCAGCAGCAAGAGUGUCGCAGCUCCGGUGCUGAUUCAUGGCACUGUGACAUCUGGAAGAGGAAGGCAGCCUCUUCAUAGCAAGUUGCUGUUAUGGCCCCAGCAGAUGGUGCUCACGACAAAGGCUCCAUUGCCGCUGCCGCUUUUUUGCUCUCUGCAUGCCAUUGGGUGCACUUCGGAAAAGUUGCAUUGCACAGUUGAAGCAGCAGGUACCCCGAGAGCAGAAAAUGCGGAAGCGACAAAUAGCGAUGGAAAUGCCUACGAACUUGACAUAGAGGAGGCUGUGGGGGGAGCCGCAAUGCUGCUGCUGCCAUUACCUUUUCUUGUGGAGCUAGUGAGCGCAGCGGCGCAGGCAACGCUUGCACCAGCAACGGCAAAUACCGCGGACGUGCUUUGUGGUGCUUGCCGCGGCAUGUGUCCCCCCGUAGUGCAAAUUUGUCCCUCGACGUCCCUCAGCAGCGCGACGGCGUCAGCAUUCCGAGCAGCAGAACAGCACUGGGAAGCAGCUGCUGCAGCGGUGGCACAUGCUGUGGAGCUUCAGCAGCUGACACAACAGGAUGGACAGAAGAGUGACAGUGUCAUCAUAUCAAUUGUGUUUGCUCUGUGUCUGCCUCGACAAUUCUUUUUUACCCCCGAGCCGGCGGAAGCACCAGCGUCAACUGUGGCGCGUAUGUCUUAUGAAGACAUGGUUUCAGCACACCCCUGUCAGCAGAAUCUGCAACAGCUGCAAGAAGACAAGUCACAGCAGAAACCUCAGCACAGGCAGCCACGGCAACUGGUGGUGUCAGUCGAUGAUGAAGUCCAUACUGCUUGCGCUACCGUCCUAGCGAAGCUGUGUCAGGCUAUCUGUUCCAAAUUCCCGCAGCUCAACCACGUAGCAGCAAACUUACGGGUGCGGUGUAUUGCUGUCGUCCCCAAGACUGCCCAGCCAAGGAACACGAGAAGCUACAACGGCAGUAGUAACACGUGUAGCAGCACACAAAGAAGCUGUUCUUGUAUUCAGAAGGCACUACCUUUGACUCGAGGAUUGCUUCAAUGUCUUGCCUUAGACCCGUGGGAAGGGCUCCGACAGAGCAAGCAUUUAAGGACCCUUUUGCGGCAGAGGCCUGUGCUGCUUCCGCAGCAACAAAUUCUAGUUUCUGGGUGGGCUCAUCUUUUGGACAAGGCGCUUGCUGCAGCUGCUGCAGUGGCGGCAACGCGUGCCAGGCAGUCUCUCAAUAAUACGCGCCUUGGAACAGGACUGCAGCGGAAACCAACAUGUCAGGAGUGGUCUGGGGAGCUUAUUUCUGCAGAAGCGGAAGGCGCUGCGGCACGAGUUGCUGCUGACGCUGAUGUGUGUGCUGAGGCGUUCCGAGCAGGAGCAGCCGCAGCGGCAAGUUUUCUCCAGAGCUGCAACAGCAGUUUAUGGCUGUUGCCGCCAGCGGAGUGGCUUCUGGAUCUUCAUGAAAGGUUGCAGAGCACAGAACAACAACGAAUCCAGCAACGAAAAACGGCACGGCAAGCCGUUGCUGCAGCAGCGCUGGCUGGAUGUUUUCCCUCUGCAGAUACUGACGCACUGUACAAGUUGGCUGAGCCAUUAUUACAGAAGCCGCUGCAGGAGGAACAGCAGCUACGCGAAACCAUUCGUUUGCUUCGUACAGCAUACAGCAAGGAAACAGGAUUGUCACAACUGAUCAAUCUGGCUUCGCUUGCUGGCGCUACCACCUUUAUGCAAGAGAGACAGCAAGAAAAAGGGCAGUCACUGGAGGCAGUUUUUGCCGCUGCGUUUCAGGCAGCUCGGCGUAACGCAGCAGCUGCUGUUGCAGGGAGCAAGCACUUGGUCCUCCCGCAUUCUGUUUGUCGCAUCUUCUCAGCACCAUCUUUGUACUUUUGGGGAACGCCCGCGUUGCCUCAGGGUUUGGCAGCCACAACGGCAGUUCUACAGGAGAAACCUCACCAGCAAGAACCGCUGCAGAACAACAUACAAAUUGAGCUCCUAAAGCGGGCAGAGUCUGUGGGGAAGCAGCGGCAUCAACUUCAGAAUCAGCAUCCUCAGCUGCAAAGGCAAAAUGUCAGGCAGCGGCAGUCUCAGCCAUACAUGGAGGAAAGCCGACGACUGCGGCGGCGUGUUUGCCGUCAGGCCUUCAAGCUCAUAGAUGAUUGCAUGCAAUAUGCAGCAGAGGAGACAAGGUACAUCGGGACUCUGCUUGAGAGGCUGAGAUCUUAA